UUUUAUUCUUAGGCCAAUUUGGUCCAUUUCUUUUCAGAUCGAUGAUAACUGGAAACUAUGGCGGCUCGCUUACUCCGACCGCACUGCCAUGGCGCCGCCGUAGGUCAGUUUUUCUUCAUCUACAACUCCAAAUUCUUGUUUCAAUAUUCAACCAUUGCAGAUAAAACUGCAUGUGACCAAACACGUUUCUUGGUGAACUAUCUUGUGAACUCGCUUGGAUUUUCUAGAGGAGAAGCCAUUUCAACCAGCACUAAGGUAACUCGUUCGAAAUCCACUGCAAAUCCUCAAUCUGUGUUAAAUUUCCUCGAAAAAAGUGGUUUGGACAAAACCCAUAUCGGUAAUAUUGUUUCUGCAGUUCCCAAGUUGCUUGUGUGUGAUGUUGACAAAACCCUUAAGCCCAAACUUGACAUUCUUCAAGGUAUUGGUUUGACUGGAUCUGAUUUGGUCAAGGUCAUUACUGGGAGUGUGUCUAUUUUGAAAAGCCUAGAAGUUUCUGAUUUGGAAUUCUGCAUUAGUUAUCUUAGAAAAAUUUUGGGUAGUGAUGAGUAUGUAGUGAAAGCUAUCAAGAAAAGAACAUGCUUACUCUCUGUUAAAGCAUGUGAAAGAGUGAAAAUCAAUAUGUUGUUCUUUCAGAGCAUUGGGUUUACCGAUGAUGAUAUCAAAAAAUUCAUACUUCAAAACCCAUAUACUCUUUUGGCAAGUCCUGAGGUUGUAGAGGAAAAAGUUCACAGACUUGAAAAUGAAUUUCAUAUUUCUCGAGCAUCGGGAUUGUUUAUCCAUGGAGUUGAUGUGUUUAUUUCGAUGAAAGAGUCGACUGUAGACACAAAACUUGAUGUUUUAAGGGAUUAUGGUUGGUCUAAAUGGGAGAUAAUCAAAUUGGUUCAGCUUUUGCCUUAUUGUUUGAGACUGUCAAAGGAGAAAUUGCGAGCUGCGCUAGACUUCUACAUGGUGCAACUUGGUUUGAAACCUGCCUACUUGGCUUCUCAUCCAACACUGCUUAUGUUCAGUAUGAAAAAGAGAGUUUUGCCCCGGUUGGAAUUCAUGAGAAGUUUAGUUGAGAAGAAACUAUGUGAUGAAGAUUACAAUCUGUAUACUGUUCUGUUGCCAUCAGAACAGAAGUUUUACCAGGCUUAUGUGCUUGCCCAUAAGCUGCCUGAUGUCUGUGAACUAUACAACAAAAUUCAGCAGCAUGGAAAAGACAAAAAGCAACUUCCUAUGUUGUGCUGGAUGAGGCAUGCGAGAAUGACAACCGUUGUGGCAUUCAAUCAGAGAAGGGCGGUGAUGGCAACAGCUUUGCAGAUGACUCAUUGCUGCUUGAUGAGAGGACUUGAUCUGCAAAGUCAUCUCAAGCAUGCAUUCAUACAGAUUGCAGAAUUUCAGUUAGGUAGCAGAAGCCACAGGAAAAGAGACACAAAAGGGUGUGUUCAGUAUGAAGGAACCAUACCAAUAAAAAAAAACUGUGUUUUUUUUACUCUUGCUAAGUAUAGAAAGGUGCUCAACGAUAUGUUCCUCCGAUUCAGAGGCGGCGCCGCCGCCGCUGCGGCUGCCGCCAGAUUUCACGGUUUUACAGACUUCCUUUCCUUGAAUAGUAUCAAAUCUCAAUGUCUCUACUCAACAAGCGCAACCUCAGCAUUGGUGAAAUACCUGGUUGAUUCUCUCGGGUUCUCUAAACAAGAAGCAUCGUUGGCAUCUUCCAAGGUAACUUCACGGAAACACUUAGAUAAUCCUGAUUUAGUCAUCAAUUUCUUGAAACAAACUGGUUUCCACAACACCCAGGUGAAAAAACUGGUUUUUAUGGCACCCAAAUUGCUAUACCAUGAUGUUAACAAAACCCUAAAACCCAAAUUCCAGUGCCUUAUGGAUCUCGGGCUAUCCGGGUCGGACCUGGCGAAGUUAACCACUAAAGAUACAACAAUUGUUGAAAAAGGUUUAGUUACUCAUUUGAGACCUACCAUUGAUUUCCUUAGGAAAAUUAUGGGUAGUGAUGAAGAUGUAGUUAAGGCUAUAAAGAAAAGUUCUUGGUUGAUUUCUUUUAAUGCUCAUCAAAUUAUGAAGAAUAAUGUAGUGUUAUUGAGAAACUCUGGUGUUUCUGAUGUCAAAAUAAGAAAACUUGUGCUUAUAUGUCCUCAUUAUCUUACACAAAAGCCUGAGUGGGUUAAGGAUUUGUUGCAUAGGUUGGAGAAAGAUUUUCGAAUCCCACUUCACUCUCCUAUGUUUCCUUAUGGAUUUCAUACAUUAGCCGCGCAAAAGAAGUCCAAGUAUGAAAACAAGAUUGAAAUUUUCAAGAGUUUUGGAUGGUCUAAUGAUUAUGUACUCAUGAUGUUCAGGAAGUUACCGUAUUGUAUUGCUCUAUCUGAGGAUAAAAUUCAGAAAGCAUUGAGUUUUUACAUGAAUAGGCUUGGUUGUGAACCUGCUUACUUGGCUUCUCAUCCUUCAAUUUUGGUCUUUAGUUUGGAAAAAAGGGUGGUACCUCGGAUGCAAGUCUUGAAAAUUUUGGAUGAAAAGAAGGUUGAGAGGAGAAAGUUGGGUUUCUAUUAUGCUCUGACCAUAACAGAGACAAAGUUUAUGGAUUACUUUGUGCUACCCUACAAGGAUCAGAUACCUGAUUUGUAUGAACAGCUCAACAAAAUUGUGGCUCCGUAGUACAUUUUGUUUAUUUUUGGCACUACGUUGAAGUAUUGUUUUCAUUUCAAACUUGUUUUGCUUUUUAGUAACCUACUUGCAUGUUUUCCAGUGUUGCCAAAGAUCAUUUCUCUCUUUA